AUGGUGGCGGAGGGCGCGCGGCGGCGGGUGGUGGUGGAGGUGUGCAACGCGCGGAACCUGAUGCCCAAGGACGGGCAGGGAACGGCGUGCGCCUACGCCGUCGUCGACUUCGACGGCCAGCGCCGGCGCACCGCCACGCGCCCGCGGGACCUCAACCCGCAGUGGGGGGAGCGCCUCGAGUUCCUGGUCCACGACCCGGACGCCAUGGCCUCCGAGACGCUCGAGCUCAACCUCUACAACGACAAGAAGGCCACCGCCGCCGCCGGCAGCGGCCGCCGCGGAGGCACCUUCCUAGGUAAGGUCAAGGUGGCCGGCGCCUCCUUCACCAAGGCUGGGGACGAGGCGCUCGUCUACUACCCGCUCGAGAAGCGGAGCGUCUUCUCGCAGAUCAAGGGCGAGAUCGGCCUCAAGAUCUGGUUCGUCGAUGACCCGCCGCCGCCGCCGCCCGCUGCGGCGGAAGAGAAGGGCGCCGAAGCGGCUGCGGAGGACAAGAAGGAGGCGGCGGCGGCGGCGGCGGCGGCCGAGGGGAAGGAUGACAAGGACAAGGCUCCAGAUGCCGCCAGCGCAGCCGCACCGGCGGCGGCCGAGGAGAAGAAGCCGGAGGUGGCGCCCGCCGAGGAGAAGAAACCAGCGGAGGCCAAAGCGGAGGAGAAGAAACCCGAGUCCGCGGAGAAGAAGGACGACAAGGGCGGCAAGAAGAAGUCGCCGGAGAAGGGGAAGAAGGACGGUGACAAGCCCAAGGAGGAAGGGAAGGCUAAGGAGGAAGACAAGAAGGACGCGGCGGCCGCGCCGCCGCCUUCUCCAUCCAAACUGCCGCCGCCGCCGCCCUCGCCGUCCAAGAAGGACCUGGCGAUCGCCGGGGUGGCCGGCGACCUGGAGAUCCGCCCCCAGAGCGCCGCCGAGAAGAGCAUGGCCGCGUCGGGCGCCAGCGCGUCGUACGACCUGGUGGACCGCGUGCCGUACCUGUUCGUCCGCCUCCUCAAGGCCAAGCGCCACGGAGGCGGCGACGCCCAGCCACUCUACGCGCAGCUGUCCAUCGGCACCCACGCCGUGCGCACGCGCGCCGCCACGGCCGCUGGCGAGUGGGACCUGGUGUUCGCCUUCCACAAGGACAGCCUCACCGACACCUCGCUCGAGGUCACCGUCCACGAGGAGGCCAAGAAGCCGGCCAAGGACGGGGACCCCGUUCCGCCGGACGCCAACCUGGGCUUCGUCUCUUUCGACCUCCAGGAUGUCCCGAAGCGGUCGCCUCCGGACAGCGCGCUCGCGUCGCAGUGGUAUACCCUCGACGGCCACGGCUCCGAGGAUGGCGCCGCGGUCUGCGACGUCAUGCUCGCCGUGUGGGUCGGCACGCAGGUCGACGAGGCGUUCCAGGAGGCGUGGCAAUCGGACUCCGGCGGCUACCUGGUGCACACCCGCUCCAAGGCCUACCUCUCCCCGAAGCUCUGGUACCUCCGCCUCAGCGUCAUCCAGGCGCAGGACCUGCGCUUGCCGUCCCCGCCGGACGCCAAGGCGAAGCAGUGCGGUCCCGUCUUCCCGGAGCUGUACGUCAAGGCGCAGCUCGGCGCCCAGGUGUUCAAGACCGGCCGCGUACCGCUCGGCAGCGCGGCAGCCGGGACGGCCAACCCAAGUUGGAACGAGGACCUGCUGUUCGUCGCCGCGGAGCCGUUCGACCCCUUCCUGACCGUUGUCGUGGAAGACGUGUUCUCCGGGCAGACUGUGGGCCAAGCCCGCGUGCCCCUAUCGACGGUGCACAGGCGAUCCGACGACCGGGUGGAGCCACCGUCCCGGUGGCUGAACCUGUGCGGCGACGAGGCCCGGCCGUACGCCGGGCGGGUGCACGUGCGCGUGUGCCUGGAGGGCGGGUACCACGUGCUGGACGAGGCGGCGAACGUGGCCAGCGACGUGCGCGCGGCGUCGAAGCAGCUGUCGAAGCCGCCGGUGGGGAUGCUGGAGGUGGGCGUCCGCGGCGCCGCCAACCUGGUGCCGAUGAAGAUCGCCAAAGACGGCGCGAGCGGGUCGACGGACGCGUACGUGGUGCUCAAGUACGGGCCCAAGUGGGCGCGCACGCGCACCAUCCUGGAUCAGUUCAACCCGCGGUGGAACGAGCAGUACGCGUGGGACGUGUUCGACCCCUGCACCGUGCUCACCAUCGCCGUCUUCGACAACGUCCGGUACAAGGCCGCCGGCGACGGCGGCGACCCGGGGAAGCUGCCCAGGGACUCCCGCAUCGGUAAGCUCCGCAUCCGGCUCUCCACGCUGGACACCAACCGGGUGUACGCCAACACCUUCGCGCUGACGGCGGUGCACCCGGUGGGCGUGCGCAAGAUGGGCGAGCUGGAGCUGGCGAUCCGGUUCACCUGCCCGUCGUGGCUGACGCUGAUGCAGGCGUACGGCAGCCCGCUGCUGCCGCGGAUGCACUACGUGAAGCCGCUGGGCCCCGCGCAGCAGGACGUGCUGCGUCACACGGCGAUGCGCAUCGUUUCGGGGCGGCUGGCGCGGUCGGAGCCGCCGCUGGGUCCGGAGGUGGUGCAGUACCUGCUGGACACGGACACGCACUCGUGGAGCAUGCGGCGGAGCAAGGCCAACUGGUUCCGCGUCGUCGGGUGCCUGUCCCACGUGGCGACGGCAGUGCGGUGGGCGCACCGGGUCCGCACCUGGGCGCACCCGCCGACGACCGUGCUGGUGCACGCGCUGCUGGUGGCCGUGGUGCUGUGCCCGGAGAUGAUCCUGCCCACCGUGUGCCUGUACCUGUUCCUGGUGCUGCUGUGGCGGUACCGCGCGCGGGCGCGGCAGCCGACGGGGAUGGACCCGCGGCUGUCCCACGUGGACAGCGUGAGCCCCGACGAGCUGGACGAGGAGUUCGAUGGGCUCCCCUCGGCGCGCCCCGCCGACGUGGUCCGGAUGCGGUACGACCGGCUGCGCGCCGUGGCCGGGCGCGCGCAGACGCUGCUGGGCGACGUGGCGGCGCAGGGUGAGCGCGUGGAGGCGCUGCUGUCGUGGCGGGACCCGCGCGCGACGGCGGUGUUCUCGGUGGUGUGCCUGCUGGCGGCGCUGGUGCUGUACGCGGUGCCCUUCAAGGUGCUGCUGCUGGGGAUGGGGUUCUACUACCUCCGCCACCCCAGGUUCCGCGGCGACAUGCCCUCCGCCGGCUUCAACUUCUUCCGCCGCCUGCCGUCGCUCUCCGACCGGAUCCUCUAG